AUGAGGUCGAUCUCAUUUGAAAAUUUGAGGAGGCUCGUAAGCCGUAAGAAGGAUCGUGAUGAGCCAUCCUUUAAGCGCAGCGAAUCCUUCAAAAGAAUUUCAAUACGUAAAAGUUAUUUGGAUCGUGGUAAGAGACGUAAUAAACUACAAAAAGUCAAUAAUGAAAUUUCAAAGAAUAACAAUAACGCUGUAGUCGAACAAAAUGAUUCUCGAGAAAUUAUUAAAGAAAUCACUACGUCGAAAUGUAAUCAAAAUACUGUACAAACAAAAAUUAAAAAGACUGAAGGUACAAUUGGUUAUAAUGAAUGGUUAAAUGACAUCAAUGGGAGUCAAGAGAAAUGGAAACAAGAAUCAGACAUUCCUGUUCAGCGUGUUUCAAAACCGAAAAUUCCGAAACCUCCAAGAAAAUCAAAACCAACUAAAACUCCUGAUUCCAUAACGAAAGAACUGAGUAUUCUACGACUUGAAAGUUCUCCGGUGUUCAUGAGAUGUUCCCGAAUCAAUUCCGUCGAGUCAACAUGUAUCGAGAAUAUAUCAGAAUCUAUCGACGACGAUCAAUUAACUCCAGACCUUUCAUUGUCUAUGACAACAGGUGAAGGACCACCUAGCAUCAGUGUCAGUCUUGGUCGUGUGUGGUUAGAUUCCGUACCAGUACCUUUCCCAUCUCAUGGAUUAUCAUCAACCACUUCUGUUGUUCAUCAUUCGUUAGACAGUGCAUUAAAAGAACGGAAACAACCAGGUCAGCAUCAAGUUGCCCGGACAGUGUCUGCACCAGAAAAAAGUCGCGUAGUAAUUUCGAAAGAUUGUUCAUCAGUUGAUGAGAUUCCUUUAUCUUUUUUAAAUGAUGCUGAAUCGAAAUGUAAAAAAAAUGGAUUCUUUCGGAAAAAGUUAUCAAAAACAUCUCUCAGUAUUACUAAAGAAGGCUAUUUCAAACGAACGUCCACGUCUAAAAACUCAAGCAUACAUAGAAAAAAAGGUGAUACUAUUGUUAUUAGUGGUGUUAAUAAAAAAAAUAAUACUCCAAUAUCUAAUAAUCUGAUGAAUUUUGUAACCCCUGAAAAAAGAAGCUGUCGAAAAACACGUCGAGUGUGGCAAGAAAUUAGAUAUUUUACUGUUGAUGACAGUCCAUCAACUUUGGAGGAAAAAAAAACAGAUGAUUGGUCAUCCAAUGUAUCUGAUGAAUUUGAUGAUCAACAAUUACUACUUUCUGGUGAUUUUAAUGAAAAACAAGAAAUUUCAACUUCUAUACAUAGUUCAUCUUCUUCAAUGAUGACCUCGUCAUUCCUUUCAUCAUCAUCAUCCAAGUCAUCUAGAGGUUAUAAAUGUUCAAGUAAACCAAAGAUCAGUGAUUUCAAUGAGGAUAAAAUAUUUUCUAAAGAAUUAAGAGGAGUAUUAGAACAGCGACCAAUCUGGAAAUCAUCUAAAUACAUUGUAGCCUCGUCGAACUUCUUUGCAAGCAAACAAUUUCUGAGUUAUUUAGCCAAAGAAUCUGAGCUUGAAGUGAAAAUUAAUCCACAAGAAUCUGUUAAAUGCAAUGGAAGUUACUAUCGUUGUUUAUCGUCAAGUGAGAGUGAAACAGAACAAAAAAAACAAUUGAUUAGUAAACGAAAGAUCCAAGUGAAUGACAAAUUUCAUGUUUGUAAAAAUGAUCAAGAAACUAAACGGAAUAAUCAUACAGUUAAACUUGAAAGAUCAAAAAUACCUAAACGACGCCCAUUAAGACGAAAAUCUCAAUUAAAACGAGCUAAUGGAUCCGGUCAACCAGUUUAUCUUAUACGAAAAUGUUCUUCAUUGAGAAAACGAUCCAGAGAUAUAACGCAAAAAGGUUAUGAGAAAAAACGGACUCGUCUUCUACAACAAUAUGCCACAAAACAAAUUGCAGGAGGUGGAACCGGAUCUGGCGGUGGUGGUACAGGUGAUAGCGGGGGUGAUAGAACGAGUUAUGGAAGUGGUGGUGUUGGUGGACGCCCACAACCACGUGCAAGACGAACCCAACGUCGAGUCACACAUUCUGAAAAACGUUAUCACUCAGGAGGCCGGCUAGUACCUGGGGGCAUUGCCAAUCCUCCGGGAUCUGGCAGCUCAGUAGGGAACACUGGAGCUAGCACAAAUUCAGCUGCCGCUGUGAGACGCGGAAAUCGCAGGCUCACGCGAAAUGAGAGCCGAUAUCACUCUGAAGUCCGGCAGGAAGCGGUGCAGCAAGCCUUGGCAGCAAUGCAAAAUAGACCAAAGCCUUCACUUCCAAUGCCAUCAAAAAGAACAUCCGUGAUGGCAAGAAGUCCUGACCGAGAACGUCAAGACAGUGGAGAGUCUAGCAGUGACGAAGACAGUGUUGUAACAGAAGAAUCACCAGGUGCUGGUGGUCCCACCGGAACAGGUCUUUCGGAUACAAGCAGCACUGGUUCAGCACGAGACACACCACCGCCACCUCGACCACCAGCUAGAAGACCACCACCAGCUGACAUCACUGACAUUGCCGAGUAUACUCCGCACGCCUACUGUAAUAUUCAACCACCGGAUGUGACUCACACAACGCAGUCAAGAAGACCCGGCGCUGACCGCGUUAAUCGGUACCAUGUAGUUGAAGAAAAUAAUACAGGAACAACGGGACGUUGGAAAGUAUCUGCUAAAAUUCAACAGCUUUUAAAUACACUAAAAAGACCUAAAAGAAGACCCUUACCAGAAUUUUAUGAAGACGACGAUAUUGAAUUGGAAAUAGCUGCUAAUCCAAAAGAUCCAAAUGCUCCUAAACCAGAAGGGGGAAUAAUGACUUCUGCUAUUGGAGAACAACUGUCAGUACCAUCCGGUUUGCCAAGAUCAUUAGAAGCUGCUAUUCAAAGGUAUGGUUCAGCAACAUACAAAGCUCCAGCGGCAACAGUUUUGGAUCCAAAUGGGAAGCUCUGUGUGACUCUUACCUAUGGAAAAUUGUUGAGUCGAUCGCACAAAAUAGCCUAUACACUAUUAAAUAAAGCCCUAAGUCGGAACGUUGGUGAAUGCUGUCUGAAGCCCGGUGAUCGAAUCGCCCUUGUCUAUCCGAACAACGAUCCUAUUAGCUUUAUGUGUGCAUUCUAUGGUUGUCUUCAAGCAGGAAUAGUUCCAGUACCAAUUGAGGUACCGCUGACCCGCCGUGAUGCUGGCUCUCAGCAAAUUGGCUUUCUCCUCGGCAGCUGCGGUAUACAGGUGGCACUGACCAGCGAGGCGUGUCUCAAAGGCUUACCGAAGACUGCUGCUGGUGAGGUCGUUGCCUUCAAGGGUUGGCCAAAAUUACAUUGGUUUGUUACUGAACAUUUAGGAAAAUUUCCAAAAGAUUGGUUACCACCUCCCCGAUUAACCGAUGAUACCCCGGCGUAUAUUGAAUACACAACAGACAAAGAUGGUUCUGUGAUGGGCGUUACAGUGACGAGAGCUGCUAUGCUUGCACACUGUCGCGCACUAACGAUGGCCUGCGGCUAUACCGAGGGUGAAAAUGCAGUCUGUGUGCUAGACUUCAAACGAGAAGUUGGACUGUGGCACAGCACUUUAACGAGUGUCCUCAAUGGAAUGCAUGUCAUUUUUAUACCUUAUGCUUUAAUGAAAGUUAACCCAGCAAGUUGGAUGCAAAUGAUAACUAAGCACCGUGCAAGUGUUGCUGUUGUUAAGUCUCGAGAUCUUCACUGGGGUCUUUUAGCGACCAAAGAUCACAAAGAUAUAUCUUUGUCUUCUGUGAGAUUACUACUGGUGGCCGAUGGUGCUAAUCCAUGGUCACUUUCCUCUUGCGAUCAAUUUCUUUCUGUUUUCCAAUCAAAAGGUCUUCGACCUGACGCCGUAUGCCCUUGUGCUUCAUCUAGCGAGGCUCUGACAGUUUCUAUUAGACGACCAGGACGAGCUGGCGUUAAUGCAACCGGUCGUGGAGUCCUUUCAAUGUCCGGUUUAAGUUACGGCGUCGUACGGGUCGAUCAAGAAAAUUCUCUUACCUCUUUAACACUUCAAGACUGCGGACAAGUUAUGCCCGGAACUGUUGUUGUAGUAAUAAAAAUGGAAGGCCAACCAUUUAUCUGUAAAACAGACGAAGUCGGAGAAAUAUGUGUACACAGCUCUGCAACAGCAAGUCAAUACUGGGGAUUACAGGGUUUAACGAACAAUACUUUCAAAGUAUCGCCAUUGCAGCCUGAUGGAACCACUGUAGGUGAUGCUGAGUAUGCACGUUCUGGCCUACUAGGUUUUCUUGGUCCUGGUGGUUUAAUCUUUGUUUGCGGGUCACGUGAUGGCCUAAUGACUGUCACAGGGCGAAAACAUAAUGCUGACGACAUAAUUGCCACUGUUUUAGCGGUAGAGCCUAUGAAAUUUAUAUACCGCGGAAGAAUAGCUGUUUUUAGUGUACGAGUUUUAAGAGAUGAAAGAAUAUGUGUCGUUGCUGAACAACGGCCUGAUUGCAGCGAAGAAGAGAGUUUCCAAUGGAUGUCACGGGUACUUCAAGCUGUUGAUUCUAUUCAUGCCGUUGGAAUCUAUUGUCUUGCUUUGGUACCUCCAAAUUAUUUACCUAAGACACCUCUCGGCGGCAUUCAUUUAUCUGAAACUAAGAGACGUUUUCUAGAAGGAACUUUACAUCCAGCGAAUGUUUUAUUGUGCCCUCAUACUUGUGUCACCAAUUUACCAAAACCACGUGAAGUUCAUUCAGGUAAAAUGGUGCGGGGGCGUGUAGCGGGGGAUUCUGUUUCAGAUGUUGGUCCAGCAAGUGUUAUGGUGGGCAAUAUUGUUCAGGGUAAUCGGCUCGCAUCAGCUCAAGGACGAGAUUUAGGGGUUCUUGAUGAAGAUAGCGACAAUGCGAAAAAGUAUCAGUUUAUUUCGGAAAUUCUUCGAUGGCGUGCUGUUAGUACUUCAGAUCAUAUAAUUUUCACAUCAUUAAACGCCAAAGGAGCCGUGGCAACGUCUCUGUCAUGCUCUCAACUUCAUAAAAAAGCUGAGCGAAUUGGUAAUCUUUUAUUGGAUCGUGGAAGAAUCAAUACUGGAGACCAUGUAGCUCUAAUAUUUCCACCUGGAACUGAUUUAAUUUGUGCUUUCUAUGGUUGUCUUUAUGUCGGAGCUGUUCCUGUAACUAUAAGGCCUCCUCAUCCACAAAAUUUACAAACAACACUGCCGACUGUACGCAUGAUCGUCGAUGUCAGCAAAUCUGUACUUGUUCUCACCAACCAAAAUUUACUCAAAUUGCUCAAGACUAAGGAAGCUAAUAAUGUAGUUGACAUCAAAAGCUGGCCAAUGGUUCUCGACAUGGAUGAUAUGCCAAAAAAGAAACUGCCAGUUUUGUACCGAGCACCUACUGCUGAAAUGCUUGCCUAUUUGGACUUUAGUGUUUCGACAACGGGGAUGUUAGCUGGUAUCAAAAUGUCACAUGCUGCCGUCACUUCACUUUGCCGUGCUAUGAAAUUGGCUUGUGAAUUAUAUCCGUCACGGCACAUUGCUCUCUGCUUGGAUCCAUAUUCAGGACUGGGAUUUGCUCUUUGGUGUCUCAGUAGUAUAUACAGUGGUCAUCAUUCUAUUCUGAUACCACCAUCGGAAGUUGAAGCUAAUCCGGCUCUGUGGUUAUCAGCAGUCAGCCAAUCAAGAGUUAGGGAUACGUUUUGUUCUUAUGGAGUCAUGGAACUUUGUACAAAAGGCUUAGGCUCAUCGGUUCACGCUUUAAAAGCACGCGGUGUUAGUCUUGCAUGCGUGAGAACUUGCGUUGUUGUGGCUGAAGAAAGACCAAGGAUUGCUCUUACUACUAGUUUCAGUAAAUUAUUUUCUGCUCUUGGACUCAGUCCACGCGCUGUAUCAACGUCAUUUGGUUGUCGAGUCAACACUGCUAUUUGUCUACAGGGUGCAUCGAGUCCAGAACCAUCGACGGUUUAUGUAGAUCUCCGAGCACUUCGUAACGAUCGAGUUUCUCUAGUAGAACGUGGAAGUCCUCAUUCUCUUUGUUUAAUGGAAUCUGGAAAACUUUUACCGGGCGUCAAAGUAAUAAUUGCAAAUCCUGAAACAAAAGGUCAAUGUGGUGAUUCACAUUUAGGAGAAAUCUGGGUACAAUCAUCUCAUAAUGCCAGCGGUUACUUUACAAUUUAUGGCGAUGAAAGUGAUUACGCCGAUCAUUUUAAUGCUCGUUUAGUCACUGGGAAUACUGGUGAAGUGUACGCAAGAACUGGCUAUCUUGGUUUUUUAAGGCGUACUGAAUGUGUUCAACAAUCAGCUGUUGGUGAUGUACCUGGUGAUAAUAUAAGUGCUGAUGUUGACAUUGUCCCAGGUGACGCUGAACUACAUGACGCCGUUUUUGUUGUUGGUGCUCUUGACGAAGCAAUUUUAUUACGAGGCAUGCGUUAUCAUCCUAUUGACAUUGAGAACAGUGUAAUGCGGUGUCAUAAAAAAAUUGCCGAAUGUGCUGUGUUUACGUGGACUAAUUUACUUGUCGUUGUUGUUGAACUAAAUGGAAGUGAGAGCGAAGCUUUGGAUCUCGUUGCUCUUGUAACUAGUGCCGUUUUGGAAGAACAUCAUUUGGUUGUUGGUGUUGUCGUAGUCGUUGAUCCCGGCGUGGUGCCAAUCAAUUCACGGGGUGAAAAACAGAGGAUGCAUUUACGUGAUGGAUUUUUAGCAGAUCAAUUAGAUCCCAUUUAUGUAGCAUAUAACAUGUGA